AUGGUGUUGAAUGUUGUGUGAGACUUGUAAAAUCUCUUGCGUUAGAUUUUGAAAUAAUUUCACAAUUACAGCGCAUAAAAUGUAAAAUCAUGUCGUUCUUUCUCACUGCUCUGCAGGACCAAGAGAAUAAAGUAGAUCAUGGCUGGUCCCAGGCCAAUUUUUUUUCUCAAGAAUCUCCGAACACGGCAACUAGUGGAACAGGGAACCAGAUGUUCACCAGUAAUACACCAGAUUCUCAGCCAAUCGCAAGUCUGGAUGGCUGGUCAGAUAAUAGUGUUGUAGUUGAGGAAGUAGCCCAGGACCAGUUUGUUCCUGGUCAAUAUUCAACGGGUGAAUAUAUAGAUGGAUGUAAUUCACAAGAACUCAUUCAGUCAUAUACAGAUGCAAGUGAUGCUAGUCAAGUUUCAGUUGUUGAUUACAAUCUUCUAGAUAGUGGUAAUGUUCAGAAUAUUGCAAAUGUAAACAGCAAUAAUAUCCAAAACAUCCCCUGUGCAGAAAGCAAUAACAUUCAAAACAUCAUGGGCACUGUUUCUUUUUUAACAAGUGAUGGAAUGGUUGUAAAUCCAGGCACUAAUUUGACGUCUGAAUUGACCUCUGAGGGUCCAGUUAAAACUUUCAAUGUGACUGUGUCUGCUGACGGUACUUUGGUGCAUCUACCAACAGAUGACAACAAUGUUCCAGCUUCAGAUGAAUAUGUUUAUCUCAAUGCAAAUAAUGAACAGACUGUUGAUUCUGUUUCUAGUGCUGUUACCUUGACAACAGUUGCAGGAAGUAAUGCCACAACAAUACUUGCACCUAAUACUACCACUGCCUUGACAACAAAUCAUGUGACUGGGGGAUCUGUUAUUACACAGAAUGCAAUGACACAAAGUCCAAUCAAAACAUCUGAUGUUAUCUUGAUACCUAAAAUGCAGGGAGGAACAACAAGUGUUGCUACGCUUACCACUGAAACUAUACAAGCAAUACUUCAACAAAAGACUCCACUUUUUUCUGGCGCUCAGAGAUUCAAAUAUGUUACUACUUCACAAGGAAAUAGUGCCCAAGCUGUACACCAGAUUCAGCAUAUUUCAUCAUGCAAUCAGUCCACUCCACUCAACAGUGCAAAAAAUCAAAUUAAUAAUGUUCAGCACUCAGGUGCUCCCAGAUUGACUUCUUUAUUGACAGGAAGUGCUACAGUUCAGUCACCCCAGAUACUGACAAAUAUACCGAUGAAGACAGCAGCUGGUUCAGGGAUAAAAGUAGUAGCACCCCAAAAAACAGUGCUGGUCUCAAGGGGCCAAACUCCUGGAAGUGUUACUAUGGUUCCUAGGAUACAGACCCCCCAAACAGCAAUGGUAGUACCUAACCAACAGAAGUCGCCUGUGGUGAUACCAUAUAUUGUACCGUCUCGUACAGGGCAGGCAACUGUGUGUAAUAGUACCACCAGUAGUCAAGCUGUAAGAGUUAUUCAACCUUCGCAACAUAUUAUAGGCAACAAGGUUUUCAUUGCCCCUAGUAAUAGUGUAGGAAACGUUACAAACACUGUACAAUCUAAGACCGCUCAGAAUCAGUAUGUGACAACAUUAUCUGCAAACAAUGGGGAGAUAAUUACACAAAAUAUGAUGAAUAUUGGUGGCAAUUCUAAGGUAUUAUCUGCAUCAUCUGCCCAAGACAUUCUAUCAGCUAUUAGCUCAGCACAAGGGAAAUUAACUCAGACAACUGUAUCGUCUAGUCCGCAAAACGUUACAUAUACAAUAAUUACCUCCCCUUCUACGAAGAAUAAUCAAGGGACUAUGACGAACAAGAGGGGGCGUGGUAGUAUUAAUAGUAGAGGGCGAGGGAGGGGUCAAACAAAAGCAGCUAGUAGUAGAAAUCUUGGACAGCAAUAUAUUAUUGUUCAAAAAGACAGUCAAGGUAAGAAUGUAUCCUAUGUUGUUCCAAAUAGUUGUGAGACAUCAACGCAAAAAGUGCGAAUGAAUGCACAAAACCAGUCAUCAGAUAUUAUAGACUUAAUUACAUCUCCGACAAAGUUAGUCAAUACAACGGAAAGUGAUUCAACUUUAUCCGAGGGACAAGUGAAUGGAAGUUCACCAAAUGUUACCCCAGUUAUUAAUAAGAAGUUUGUUCGCUGUAAGGACGGGGGAGAUUUAAUUGCAGGGACAACAUACAUGGUGUCUGGGCCAAAUGGACUGCAGAAGAGAAUGGUGUUUAAUGGAGAAAAUUUUGUGGAACCGUCAGGUGAGCUGUCAUCACCAGAACAGGCACCAGAUGGAUCCAUGAUAGGUGGGGGUCGUAAGGACAAACUAUUGAAAGGCAAUGCCACUGGAUUAAAUAUGGUUAGAGAAAAUUAUACAGAUUCAGAUUCCAAUUCACAAACAUUACCAAAUGGUAUAGGUAGACAGUGGAAAUAUACUGAUCCUCCAUCGGCAACAAAUUUAGCAAGACCACCUCUACAUCCAAACAAAGGAACAGAUUCUGAGUCCUGUCAAGAUAAUUCUAGUCAGUCAAAAGAUUCUAGUGAUGUAAAAAAAGAAGAUGACAAUUUUAGCAAGGAAUAUGUGGCUAUCUGUAAAUACUGUGGUCAUUUAAGUAGUAAUUUAACUAGAUGUGAACGAUGUUCUCGGACGUUUCCUGAUGAUAUAAAAUUGCGACCAGUGACAGACUCCUGUAAACCGUUAGUAGAUAAACAAAAGUUUUAUUCCAACAAAAUUAGUGAACAAGCUUCUGUUUAUGGUGGAUAUACCAUAAAGCAUGCAGGUCAUACAGUAAAACUUACACAGGACCCAAUCAAAUCUGGACGUACAGUGAGGAAUUCUGGGAAACAGUAUAAACUGGUUCAUACAAGGAGGAUUAAUACAAUUCCAGAACCAGUUACUGUUACUAUAUCUUCUGAUGAAGAUGAACCAGAAACCAAUACGAAAUCAGAACAAAUUACCCAGAAUUCCAAACAGGAAGUUAAAAACAAUGAGCCUGAUGAACUAAGUGAUUUAGUAAAUGUUAUUCCAUUAAAACGACCAGCAUCUCCGACAUUUGGGAAAGGAAAUAGAAUUGCUAGGAUGGAAAAUCAGGAUGGUCAGCCAGUACGGAAAGUGAAGAGACAAAACUCAGGUGAUGGGAUGACACCAAUUCGGACAGUAUCUACUAAGACUGCUGUGAUUGAUACGAAGUCUGGUACGACAGAGAUGACAGAGGAUGACGAAGUGACUGGAACACUUGACCCUCUUGCACUUGAUUGUCGAAGCAUUCGUGUUGGUAGUUUGAAGGGGACUGCCGUGGAACCUGUCUUUAUUACUACUACUAAUAUUUCAUUUAACAUGGAAGGAGAAGAUGAUUUCCACAAUCUAAAAAUAAAUUCAGACGAUGUUGUACAGUGCCUUUAUGGAAAGAAAUGUAAUGUGAUAUUUUUAUUAACAAACAUUGAAGCUGGUAAAAAAGUCCGGGAAUGUUUAAGUAUGAAGGAAAAAGUGGAUGGCAAGGCAUAUUUUGAUCCUGGUGGUUCAGUGAAUAAAGAUACGUAUAUAACAUUUUUUAUGAACGAUCAAUGCAAGCUAGAAUUUAAACAGUUGCGAAGUGUUCUCAAGUCCUACAAGAAUUCUAAAAAACGUGAGUUCCUCAUGCAACUUGAUGAAGAUGACCAGCAUAAACUGUUACUUAAAACUGCACCUAACAUUAGUUCAAAAACUAUGGAAAUAGCCAAACAAAAGACAUUAGAAGAAUCGAAUUCUACUGAGGACAGUACAGACUCAAGGGCAGUAACUCCGUCAAAUUCAAGGGCAGUGACUCCAGCAGAAGAUGGUGAAGAACGAUCACCGUCACCGCCGAGAAUACUGUUUAGUGGCACAGUAGAAAAGUUAAUUACAUAUCCACCUCCUCCUGCAACAGGGGGAAUAACUGUGACAAAUGAAGACCUUUUCUGUCUCACUGAUGGAGAGUUCCUAAAUGAUGUUAUCAUUGAUUUCUACCUCAAAUAUCUUGUCCAUGAAAAACUGAGUGAAUCAGAUCGUAAGAGGACCCAUGUCUUCAGUUCCUUCUUCUUCAAACGAUUGACACAGCGAAUUAAUAGAAGUAUAGAUCCACAUGGAGAUGUAGAAAUGAGUUUAUCAGAAAGAAGACACGCUCGAGUGAAGAAAUGGACAAAGCAUGUAGAUUUGUUUGAAAAAGACUUUAUAAUAGUUCCAAUAAAUGAAAGGUCACAUUGGUUUUUAGCAAUAAUUUGUUUUCCUGGAUAUACAGAGGUAAAAACUGUUCGAUAUUUUUGUCGAGAAACUACGGCGGAGGAAACCCCUGAAUCAAAGGGAGAUAAUUCUCAGACAGACACUGAUGAAUCUCAACAGCCAUCUGUAGGUGAAAAUAACAACAAGGAAAAUCAAAAUACUGAGGAGGAGAGCAGUGAAAAAUCAAAUGAUGUGAAAUGUAAACAAGAAUCUCCUAUGGAAGAAGAUGAAGAACAGGAUAAUGAAGAGCCAAUGGACACAAAUGAAACUGAAACAAACAUGGAUACAGCUGAGACUGGUUCCAAUAGUGGUGUUGAUUCACAGGAACCUAGGGGCAGAUUAUUGACUGAAGAGGAAUUAAAAGAUCCAGAAAUGAUAAAGAAUUCUAAAGAGGGGAUACAACAACCGUGUAUAAUGGUAAUGGAUUCAUUAGCUGGUCAGUCAAGACAGAGAAUUAUAAAUAGUUUAAAAGAUUAUUUGCAAGUAGAAUGGAACUGCAAGAAAAGUCAGACUGGAAGUAUCAGGGAAAAAUUUAAAGGAGCUUCCCCUAAAGUGCCUCAGCAAACAAAUUACAGUGAUUGUGGAGUGUAUGUCUUACAAUAUGUUGAUAGCUUCUUUGAGGAUCCAAUAUUUAAUUUUUCAUUCCCGAUGAAAAGCUUAGCAAACUGGUUCACAGAGGAACGAGUGACAAGAAAACGAGAAGAAAUCAAGGAACUGGUGAUGACAUUGAAAGAAAGAUAUGACAAUGAAAAACAAAAAUCAUGACAAAGGGCAGAUAACUCAUUGUUAUGUGACACUCACCAAAGACAUUGAAUUAUGUAUUCGUAAGAGUCAUGAAAUCGAAAGUUGUUGAAAUCAGGAAUAUAGAAUAGACAGUGAAAGAGGAUGUAAAAUGAAAUAGACUAUAGAAUGUCAAGUCAGUAAAAUUGAAAUGCCCAACAGAUCAUGAGAACUAGAAAUUGCCUUGUCAAAAGAAUUUGAAGCAAUGUAUAUUGAAUUUUACUUUUUAAAAAGGAGAUUUGAGUUUGAGAAAAAAAGUUUGAGGUGCAAUGAAUGAGUUUAGAUAUGUUAUACAUUAUGAGAGAGAUAGACAUGGAUCAUAGAAUUAAUUGGGGGUUAUUGUUAAACGAUGAAUGCCUUCCACAUUCUGCUUAGAGGGACAAAUUCAAUGUGAAAUUGUCAAGAGGCAUACUAAACUUCUGUUUUGGAAAAAAAAAAUGGAGAUAACACAUGAUUGAGAAAGUUUGCCCCUGCAUGUCAGGAAAGAAAAUUUAUAUCACUUUUUCCAUCUAUCUGAUAUUAUGCCAUGACAAAGAAAUUUUGGUUUAACAAUUAUGAAUAGGAAAUAAUGAGCAUCAAAGGAAAAGAGAUUAUGUUAGAAAAUUUCAUUAGGUCAGCUAUUGGAGAAAAUUAUAGUUCAAUGGGUUAAAUUUUUGGAAAUUUAAGUAAUUAUCUUUAAUAUCCUGUUAUCUAUUAUUUUACUAACACUGAGAAGGGUCAAUUUCAAACUGUAGGAUAGAUGGGUACAAUGAUAAAAAGUUAUAUCUACAAUUUGACAUAAAACAUACCAGGAAAUAAUAAAAAAAAAAAAAAAAGAAAUUAAUUUACAUCAAAUUGGAUAAUUAAAAAAAAUGUAUUUUUAGUUUUUAGUUUUCACCUCCUUACCUUGAUAUGCUUGAUAUGACAAAAUAUAAAUAUACCAACCAUGCUAACCAUUCCAACAAAAUGAUCAGAAAUUUAGAUUGACAUCAGAAUGAAUUAUAAAUCUCUAAAAUAUUGAAAAAUUUAAGAAGUGUGGAAAGGAAAUUCAGGUUUACUUAUAAGGUAGAACAAGAACAAAAAAGUUACAAAUGUUAUUGUUCAUCUCAUGUGUUGAGUGCUAUUCUAUUUGUAAAUCUCAUAUGUGAUUGCUAUUCCAUGUGUACAUGUUAUUACAUGUGUAAAUGUAAAUCAUUUCAUUGCCAGUCAAAAAUAAGAUACUUGGAAGUGAUCAAAUUUAGAAACUUACAUCAAAUUGCAUAAUUCAGAAAAUGAAUUUUUAGUUUUUUACCUUGAUAUGGUAACUGAAAAGCAUGUAAUAAUAAAGGGAGAUAACUCAGACAAUAUCAAUAUAAAUUAUAAAAAAAGUAAAAGGGAAAAUGUCAGCAAGACAGCAACACAACAACACAAGUUAAUCAUGAUAGACAUCUAGAGGUCACAAUAUGGCCUUCAAAAAAAGAUAAGUUCCCCCACCAUAGAUAAUUUCUAAAAUUUAAAUCACCAAGAGUGGAGACAAUUUGUGUACAAUUCAACAUUGCUGAAUAUAUAUAUUUGAAUUCUAAAUAAACAUGAUAAGCAUGCUGCAUAGAAAAUGUUUUAACAGCUAACACUGACAAGGGUCUUGACUUCAGGCAACCGCAAAAAUCACAUCAAGGUAAAUGUUGUGUUUAAUCGGAAACCUUGUUUAAAAGUGGUUGUUAUAAUGUACAUGUAUCUUAAUGUUUAAGUCGUUUAUGGAACAUUUGAUGUUAAUGGUAAAGUUCAUUUGGUCUCUGGUUGAGAGUUGUCUCAUUGGCAAUCAUACCACAUCUUCUUAUUUUUAUAUUGAAUAGUUUCUGUUGAGUUUAUUCACAACCUUUAAAGACUGUCUAUUCAAAGAAAUAUGUCUUUCUUCUGUUAUAAGGUCACUUCUAAAUGUCUUAGUUAUUUGCAUUGUUGGGUUGCUGUCAAAUUGACAUUUUUUUACCCUCUCUUUUUAUUCAUACUAACAUGACUGAAGACCUAGGCAUUUUAAAAUUAGAUAAGCAUUUAUAGUUUUACAGUUUUUUAAGACCAUGUUUUUGUGACUUACUUUUGAUUGCUUGUACACCCUUCUAAAGACUGGUACUUAAAAUAAUUGAUUUUUUUUAUUUCCAUUUUAUAUAAUUCAGGAUGUUUUGUUAUUUAUAUGAUUUAUAGACACAGUAUAGUGCUAUGUAUGAUAUUAAAUGUUAUUAACUUUCCUCCACAACAAGGGAUUUUUAUACUAAAAUAGGUUCUAAGUGUUUCAGUCAGUAAAAAAAUUUGUUACAUUGGUUUGCAAACAGGUUAAUUAUUUACACAGAAAAAGUUGCUCAGGUGUCCCAGAUACCUCUAUUUGUUACAUGAUUUAGAUUUAGAGUCACCUUUCAGCCAUUUCAGCAUUUAUUAUUAAAUACAAUUAAGAAUCAUUUUUAUCAUUUUAGGAAUAGACUGAUCAGAACUUAGAAGACUGAACAGUAUUGUAUGUUUUAAGGUUGUAAGUUUAAAAAUCAAUCGUUUAAUGAGAUUAUAACACACACAAAAUGUUCUGAAGGGGCGGAUUGACUUGGGAGCAUUGCUGGCAUGCACCCAAUCAGUUAAAAAAAAAAUUUCAUCAAAAACUUCAAAAAAAAAUUUCACCUUGCUCUGCUCUGCUCUGCAAACUUAUUAUGGUCACAACUACCUUAAUUCAAUUCCUGGAUCUGCCCCUGUAGGCUGCUGUCUUUUAUUUGUACUAGACUAUCAUUGAGUAAUGUGUAUUUCAUUUCAUUUCAUUCACAUUUUGUAAAUAAAAUUUUACUGAGAGUAUGUUUCAUUAUACCACAGGACAGGACACGAAUAUUUAUUGCAUUGGCACUUCAUAUUUCUUACACAAGGAAUUUUGUGGGAGUUUGAUUGUAUAAUAUGUUGUUAAUAUGUAAUAUAAUUGUUAUUAAAAUAUGAUAAUGUCACAAACAAAUAUUGUGCAUUUGUCAAAAUAAAUUAAAAAUGUUUUUGUCAGUUUAA